CUGCCUAUCGGAGCCAUAACAGCGGCUUGUUCAGGAGUAGAAGCUCGCGGAGUCUCUAAAGGCUUUGUUCCGUCAUGCACCUAGGGACUGUCGGGAUAGAGAAUUAGUUUGAAUGAAGCUUCUGCUUUGUGUCCGUCUGGCGAGCUGCUCGUAAUAUCCGACUUCACGUCGCCAAAUUUCAAAAUUUGUCCGUGUUUAUACGGCUCGGGAACCACUCUUCAUAACUGCUUCAUUCGCUACAGCUCGCUUACUGCAGCUUUCAGCUUUGGAACUUUUACUAGAAGCGUACCAUACAGUACCACAGAUCCCUCGCCUCCAUUCCGCUAGCGGUCACCGUUUUGUCAGCUAAUUGAUCGGUGGAGCUCGAUGGUCCGCUGACGUCCCCGACUGCUUCAGUGACGUUCAGCCGUCAUUCCGUUACCACCAUGCCGCUGGUUAGGAUAGCCUGUGGGGCCACUCGGAACCACCUGGCCUGAAUUCCGAAGCUGAUCAGCUGGAGCGACAGAGCGGGACUGGUGUUCGCAGAGAUACCACAGCAGGACUGUGAAAAUAUUAAGAAGAAUCGCAUUUUUACUCAGUCAUGUCUAGAAUCAGAAGAAUAGCUAGGCUAUUAGCGGGGACAGCAUUCCCUCCCAAGCUGACUCUUGCCGACCAGAGUCCAGUGGUCAGACCAGACGCUUUACAACAAUUGGGUCAACCAAUAACUUGUAUAGUGCAGCAUACGACGAGCUUACCGGCAAGGUUGUCGAACUGUAGAACGGGUGCUGCUGCAGUUGUACUGGAGUGGUCACUUAACGGGUUGAAUCAACGGUGGCCUAAUAACGGGCUCAACCAGCGGAGAAUUUGGAGCUCAGCGGCGGCGUCUGGCGAUGCUCUGCCCGCUUCAGCUCCUGAAGUUGAGGUCUUCCGUGCGGGCCCAUUAGGCGAGUACGGGCGGAGAAAGCAGCUGGGGGAGCUGCGAACGGGCGACCCGUUUCAGGAUGAAACCGUGAUGGCGCUUCAGAAUCUGUACGACACUCUGAUUGGAGCAGGAGGCAAUCCCGAAUUUCAACUCCAAAAGAAGAAGCUGCGGCCGGCAUUCUGGUCUCUGUUUAUGAGGAAGCCCCAGCGGCACCCGCCAGUGAGAGGGCUGUACCUGUGGGGCGGCGUGGGCACGGGAAAGACCAUGAUGAUGGACCUUUUCUUCCACGAGCUGCCCGAGUGGAUAACCAAGACGAGGAUCCACUACCACGACUUCAUGCUCUCCGUGCAUUCCAGAUUGCAGAAGCACAAGGGGACGUCUGACCCCCUGGCGAAUGUGGCAAACGAAAUCACCUCGGAAACGAGAGUGCUGUGUUUGGACGAGUUCAUGGUCACAGACGUUGCGGACGCCAUGAUUCUCAACCGCCUAUUCAAGCACCUCUUUGAGAGGGGACUGGUGCUCGUCUCAACGUCCAACCGCCCGCCAGUGCGGCUGUAUGAGAACGGACUUCAGAGGGACCUCUUCCUCCCCUUCAUCGCCCUCCUCCAGUCCCAGUGUGUGGUGCACGAGAUCAAGUCAAUGACGGAUUACAGGAAGCUAGCAGCAGUGGAGCAGGGGUGGUACUUCACAGGCCCUGGGGCAGCGGAGCUGCUGGCGAAGAAAGUACAACUGCUUGUGGGAGGGGCAGCGAUGGGCCCUGUCGAUGUGGAAGUGCUCAUGGGACGGAAGCUCAGGAUCCAACGAGCAGCCAAGGGAGUGGCGUCAGUCAAGUUCUUUGAGCUCUGCGAGGUGCCUCUUGGCGCUGCUGAUUACUUCGCCCUCUGCAAGAACUUCCACACUCUGGCCAUGGAGGGCAUUCCCGCGUUUGGGGCUUCCAAUAGAGGGGCGGGUUACCGCUUUGUUACGUUAAUAGAUGUGAUGUACGAGCACAAGACGCGCCUGGUCUGCUCUGCAGAGGGCACGCCCUUUGAGCUCUUUGAGCGCGUGGUUACCAUCGCAAACGCGCCACGUAGGACGGCUGCCAGGUCAGCAAAGACCGAGGACGCUGAUGUGGCGGUGGACGAUGAGCUGGGAUUCGCUAAGGAUCGUACGGUCAGCAGGAUGAUGGAGAUGCAGAGUACCGAGUAUGAGCAAGACAAUGCAGCAGCAUACAAGCACAUGUUACCGCAACAACAUUAAUUGGUUCAACUUGCAGCAAUAAAAAUAUGUGCAUCUUGGAAUUAUUGGUGUAAAAUGUACAGUGACGACCAUUUGUGUAUCUACUAUUUGUCAACUUAUACAUAUUAUCUAUGUAGAAGUUAUAGGCUAGAC